AUGGCAAAAAUAGAAAAUUCUGAAACAAAAGAAAAUAUUCAUCAAUCAUCAUCAAGUCUUUGGUCAAAUUGUCGAUCUGAUAUUCAACGUCGAAUAAAUGCUUUACUUAAUAAUCAAGUAGAAUAUUUUCGAUUACGUAUUGAAUUUUAUCGACAACUUCAAGAUUUACAAUAUGCAUAUAAUCCUGAAUUUGAACGAAUUUUAGUAAAACAACGAACAAUUAUUGAUGGUUCAUGUGAACCAACAGAACUUGAAAAACAAAUUAAUGAGUCAAAUACAUCGACUCCAAUAUCAGAAUCUAAUUUAAAUCAAUCGAUUUCACAAAAAUAUGAACAAAUAUCAACUGAAAAUAUAUUAGAUUUUCCAAAUAGUCAAUCUAAUCUACCUAAAAAAGGUCUAGAAAAUUUUUGGUUAAUAAUUCUUAAAAAUCUUGAUUAUUAUGAUUAUCCUAUUCAAUUACAAGAUGAACUUUGUUUAAAAUAUCUUAUUGAUAUUCGUUGUAUUCUUAAUCCACCAAAUCUUAAUUCUACAAGUUUUAU